CUUGCCUGCUGAUCCAUGAUUGGUUGGUCACAUGAAAGUGUCACUUCUGUAAAUAAAUGACCCUCUCAGAGGGGAAAAGGCAGAGCUAUGGAGAAGCAUGCACAGCAAUCACUGGUGAUUUAUAUCCGUGUAGAAGCAUUACUAACCUGCAAGAUGACAAAUAACAAAUGGUAUGAGCAUGCGUGACUGUGUGUGUGUGUCAGAGACAAGGGGAAAUGGGGUGUGCUCAGCAGUGUGGAAAUGAGAGGGAAAACUAACAUUCUCCAUCACGUACCCUCCCAUACCUUUCCCCACUGGUUUGCGCUCUUUAAAAGCUGCUGCCAGCAGUGUCUGUCAGCCUUAUUACCACUCUGUCUUGACUUGAGAGAAUAACUAUCCACCUCACUAUCCACCGUCGGCGGAUCUAAUCUAAGAUCAGAAGUCCUCAUAGAAAUUAACGAUCAAAAACUCUCAGUGGACGACUUCCACUCUUCCAGUGUGAGAUGUCUCUGUAUCUAAAUAUUCUGGUGCUGCUCCUCCUGCAGCCGGCUCUGCAAAGCCCGACGCUGCUAACCACACCGUCCAGGGGAUGUCCCACCUGUAAAUCGAAGCCUACACAGAGUCAGUUGUCUGUAGAUUUAAACGCCACCUCUCUGGGCGUUGGAGAGCCAUGUGGGGUCUACACGCUGAGCUGCGCCCAGGGUCUACGCUGUGCACCUCCAGAGGAUGAGCCGAGGCCCCUCCGCGCCCUGCUGGAAGGCAGGGGACUCUGCACUAACGUCAGCAGCCUCAGCCCGACUGAGAACAUCUACACGGCAGACCCAGCACCCACUGAGGACCCAAAUGAGGCUCCAUGUCGUAGACUGCUAACUACACUUAUCAAAGGUCUUGAUGCCCAUUUAUUUGACUCAAACCAUGAUAUCUACAUGCCCAACUGUGACAAGCGUGGCUUCUUCAGAAAGAAGCAGUGUUGGUCAUCUCGAGGGAUGCGGCGUGGCAAGUGCUGGUGCGUGGACCAGAAUGGCAUGCCGGUCUCCUCAGGCACUAAGCAAAAGGGCAGUCUGAGUUGUUAAAAUGCACAAAGCCUUGACUGAAGCAGAGGAGGCUGAGGCUUCAUCACCGAUAUGAGAUGAAGAUGAAGGAAGACCAUACCAGAGUCUAAAGAAGCACAGCACACAGUCUCAUGUUUCACUCUUCACCAGUCAGAAGCAGCUCUCUGUCAGCGUGAAUCUGCUUCAAAAACAGGUUUAACUUUGCCUCCUUGCGCCCUCUACUGAACAUAUUAGGAUGGUAUUAAUCAGACAAUCCUUAGACAUCUACUUAUAUUAGAUGUAGAUAUCAAACUUAUACCAGCAUGUAAAAUUAUCCAGCCAGUGUGUCACAAUGAAAGAGAUUGUGCUGAACUAACUUGAACUGUCUCUUGCCCAGAACCUAACCCGAUAACAAUAACUGCACCGUUAAUAUUUCACACCAUCAACCAGCUUUCAGGAUCAAUAUGAUUUGGACAGACUGUAUUUAAUCAUGUAUUUUCAGUAUUUUAUUUUACUUUGAAACCACUGUAACUGUAUUACUGUAAUUGCUGUACAUAAUCUCUAAAUAUAAUCCUAUUUAUGUUACUUUGAAUAUGAUAUUCUAUUUAUAUUAAUAUUAAUGCUCAUUUCAAUAAGUAAUUUAUCAGAGCAGACAAUUGAGGUAUUAUUUUAAAUAAGCAGUAUUUCUAAUGGUGGCAUUAUUUUUAUGGCUUUCUUUUUGACAUUCAUCAAGAAAAUUUGCCUCUUGAACAAUUAGCGUGUUAGGUGUGUUUAAUAAAAAGACUGACACUGACGGGCAAGACUGUAAACGUUUGUGCAUUUAAAUAAUGUUUUCUUAACAUUUUUUAAAUAAAAAAAAACUUCUUUGCUCAAGUAGUAAAUCCAUGUAGUUUCUCUUCUUUAAGUCAAGGAUCUCUAGACUGACACAAUUUAGACCACACAAUUCAUCUGAUAAGAAUUUUCUUUUGAGAUGUUUUAUUAAAGAACACGCAUG